GCCCCGGACCCGAAGCCUCCUCGUUCCACCACCCCCUGGCUCCCCGGACCCUCUCCUCCCCCUCCGCCCGGUGCAUGCACCAGCGCCGCGAUCAUGACGGGCAUCGCCGCCGCUUCUUUCUUCUCCAACUCCUGCAGGUUCGGGGGCUGCGGUCUCCAGUUCGAGUCUCUCGCCGAGCUCAUCGUCCACAUCGAGGAUAAUCACAUCGACACAGAUCCGCGGGUUCUGGAGAAGCAGGAGCAACAGCAGCCCACUUAUCUGGCCCUAAGCUACAUAAACAGGUUCAUGACGGAUGCGGCACGCCGGGAGCAGGAGACCAUGAAAAAGAAGGCCGGGCCCAAACUGUCCCUGUCCAUCACGGGCGGAGUGUCCAGGAACAGCACGGCCACGCCCCCUCGCCACACAAGCGGUAACCUGACGCCGCCCGUCACGCCCCCCAUCACCCCGUCUUCCUCCUUCCGCAGCAGCACACCUACAGGCAGUGAGUAUGAUGAGGAGGAGGUAGACUACGAGGAGUCGGACAGCGAUGAGUCGUGGACCACAGAAAGCGCCAUCAGCUCCGAGUCCAUCCUCAGCUCCAUGUGCAUGAACGGGGGAGAGGAGAAGCCGUUUGCCUGCCCCGUCCCCGGCUGCAAGAAGAGAUACAAGAAUGUGAAUGGUAUCAAGUACCACGCCAAGAACGGCCAUCGCACGCAGAUCCGCGUGAGGAAACCCUUCAAGUGUCGCUGCGGUAAGAGCUACAAGACGUCGCAGGGCCUGAGGCACCACACCAUCAACUUCCACCCGCCCGUCUCCACCGAGAUCCUGCGCAAGAUCCAGGGCUAGAGCCGCUCGCCCCAACUACCCCCAACAUAGCCCUGUUCUCCCCUGACUCCCCUCACCCCAACCCCUUUACUCCCCAUCCCACACACUAAAGGAUCAAGUGCAUGCUUUAAGUUGUUCUUCAGUUCUUUUCUUUUCUUUAAACUUAAUGUUUCUGUUACAUUCCUUUUUACUAUCCACGGUAUAUCACUUGUAUUUUUGAAAACAAAAAAUGUAUCUUUGUAGUAUUUUUUAUCGUUGUACAUUUGCACAUUCGUAUAUAUGCUAUCACUUUAUUUUUUAUUCUAUCGUUUGACUCUCAUAAGGUGCUAACUGUAAAAAACAACAGAAAGAAAAGACAAAAAACAAAUGAAAGAAGUAGGGGAGUAAAAAGGAGUCGCGAAACAGGUGCAACCAGGCCCUGCCCCCCCCCCCCCCCUGUUUUGUUUUCCCGCGAGUUCGUGCGUGCAUGGGAGGAAGUUGACAUUGGCGCCGAUCUCAGCUCAGGAGUCGGAACACUCCCUGCCUGUGAGAAUUUGUUGAGCUGCGGUUUGCGCUCCCACUUGAACUUCACGAGGAGUUUCAAGUACCAGAGUGCAGUUAUACUUAAAAUAGAUAUAUUGAUAUAUAAACAAUAGCCAGAUAUGUACAUAAAAUAUAUAAAAAGGUAUUCAUGAGCAUAUACAUAAAUAGUUACACUUUAUUUUCAAGCUUUAUUUUAUAUAUUUCUGUCUGUUUUAGAUAGUGUUUUGUUUCUAUGUAAGCGUUUCCUUUCAUUCCUUACUUGCUGACUUGUUUCGUCACAUCAGAGGAAAAGGCCGUACAGCCGGCCGAUUGGUCGAGUUCUACGAGCGUAUAUACCGAAGCCUUUAAUCGUGAUGCACUCUGAAUGCGAUGUUUUACUGUUGAUCAGGAAGAGAGCGUAUUCGAACCAGGGCCAGGGGCUGAAUAUUCCACACCUUUAAACAUUUCCCCUCCCAAGAAGAAAGCCAUCCGUGUGCAUUUCAUAUCUUCAGUGUUUGCCUCACUCGGAGUGCCAGAGCCGAGAAAGCAGGUUCAGCAUCAUACUGUAUGUAUUCCACUUGCCAAGAUCUUUUGUCAUUGUUUUCAUUUUUUUUUCCACGAUCGUUGCCAACAGCUCUCCACUGCCAAACAGUGACCAUACCAUGUGCCUGAAGAGGGGUGGGAGGGUGAGGGGUAGGGGGCAGGGAGGUUCUUCAAGUUUGAACCAGGAGGCGCACGGCGACGGGUUCUCUUGUUCCGUUGCGCCUCCAUGCAGAUGAUGGGAUGUACAUCGACGGAAUGUCUUCACGAAACCUUGUGUGAGAGAGCACCAGGGUGGAUUUGUAUCUGAUUACCACCUACAACCUGUCAUUUGCAUAUGUGUGUGUGUGUGUGUGUUGUAGACAAUGGCAUUCCAGUUCAUUGUACGUGUGAGUUUGCGUGUUUUCAGAAGUCAUCAGCCUAUUGAGUGUUACUGUAAUCAGUGUGUGUCAGUGCCAGGCGGCUGGGUUGGACUCCUGUGGAGCAGGAUGGUUGUGUGUCUGGCCGCCUGUGUGCUGCUGCCUCAUGUUGUGUUGUUGCCCUGAGGGGGCUUUCGUCAUUCAUUGCCUCUAGAAAAACAAGAGCGGUGCCAAGACACAUUCAUCUAGGACAUCCUUUCCCUCAUCAUGCACAAGGUUUGUCUCUUCCUCCGACGGGGUGAAGUGACCUCGGCCACGCCCACAUCCUCCAAGCUGCUGUUGCCAUGGAAACCAGGGGGUUAGCAUGGCAAAGGGCCCCUUUUUAUUAUUUUUACGCAAGGCAGAUAUCAGAAAUUGACGAUUAAUAAAAAAAACGUUGUCCCAUCAAUGAUCUGUUACAUAUUAACCAUCAUGGACCAGCGCUGACAGGGCAUUUUUAAGUGUCGGAAUUCCUACCAAACAAAAAGCACAAGCGUUGCCUGACAGACAUGCACGUCUGUUCUGCAGCACCAGUAAGCGGACCAAGAUCUUUAAAAACCUCAGUGUCAGUUUCAAAGUACAUCUCCGGACACGCUACCCUGAAGGUAACCCUGAGAUAAUGGUUUGCGUGCGAUGGAGGAGCUUCAUUCCUGCCUGUCAGCAUUAGGGGGGGGGGAAUCUAUGGCCAAGAUGGACAGCGACUUGUAAAAAAAAAACAUUCCGUCUUCAUGGACACCGCCGUCACCAUGGCAACAGUUUGAUCUUCAAAUGCAGUAUUACACAUGUGGGAGAGGAGGAGCGGAGGCUGUGUGCAGGAGGGGGUGAGGGGGGGGAUUUCAAUAUACUGUGUUAAGUGAAUGUAUUGUAAUGUGUGUCCGUUGUCAAGUGCUUUUAAAUUAUAUUUUCGUAUGUAACGUGGAGACCGGUGUUUCCUUUUUGUACGGGGGAGACGACAGGUCGUGACACGAGUGACUUGUAAAUGAUGUCAACCUGUCUUUCUAUAUAAAAGAGAAGCUGCUUAAAUGUAAAACAGAAAAUGAAUGAAAACAAAACAAAAAAACCCAGCAAAAUAAAGUGAAAAUCUCUGUCAA